AUGAGCGCGGCCAAUGACAGCUUGGACAGCCGCUUCCGGUCUUCAUCGCCAGGGCCAAGGCUCCGUCUUCCUGGCUCCUGCACUUGCGAUUCCGGCAGCGGGGCCCAGGGUCUGUCUACUCAACCCCUCGACCCGGCGGCCUUCAGGACUCCGCUCCCACCUGCCGGAUCGCCCCUGCCCCCUUCCAACCUCAGCUCCCACUUUCCAGACCCCCUCCCUGCACCCCCAACCCUCGGCCUCGACCUCUCCCGGGACCCUGUCCUGGCUCCCUGGGCACCCCCUUGCCCACAGCCCGGCCCCGCGACCCGGCUCCCUGCAACGGAGCCCCCGCCCCAGCGGGGCGCGCUCCGCAGCGGGGCGCGCUGCGCGCGGCGGUGGGCGGAGCGGCGCAGGGGCGGGCAUUUCUGACACUUUCUGGGCGGUGCCGACGCCCUGAUCCUGGCCUGGGGGGACGGAAACGUGGGCGAUGGAGCCGGAGCCGCAGCGCAACCGCUGCCACCCCCAACUCGGUUGCCCUUUUCUGUUCUCCGCGGAGGCCGCGCCGCCAGCACAGACAUGGCCAAGUGGGGCCAGGGCGACCCGCGCUGGAUCGUGGAGGAGCAGGAGGACGGUACCAACGUGAACAACUGGCACUGGUGCGGCCGGGCUGAGGCCAGGGCUGCACUUGGGCCUUCUCCCUCUGGAACUGUCGGGCGAGACCGUGGGGCCUCUCUGCGAGCACCCGGUGCCUUGUGCCCUCGGGGUGGAGCGAGGGGGUGGAUGGCGGCCGGCUCUCGGGGCGCCUCCCGGGCCGCAGCAAUCCCUCCGAGGGGCGGGGCUUGCACGGCUGCUGAGGAUUCCCUUCCCCUCCCCCAGCUUCCUAUAGAGCUGCUCGUCUAGCCUCAGGGCAUGGGACGGCCCUCCGACUCUGGACACCUGUCAUCUCUGCACUGCUUCUGGGACUUCAGUUUUAUAUUCUUGAAAGUUGGGUUGGGCCCUUCAAGAAUGGCUUCUGAUUUACCUCUUCAACUUGGACAAUCUGUACCCGUAAUUAAGCGCUUCCCUUCCCUUACCCCCUCCCACACCCAGUCCUCUUGGUGUUUCUGGAAGUUAAAAUGAAUCUAGAAAGUGUGUGUGGUUUGGUUUGUAUGUAGUGGAAAGAGCAGGAGUUUGGAUCUCAACUCUGCACCUAACUUGAUGGGCCUCUGGUGAGCCCUGCCUUCUAGGAGUUUGAACAAGUUACACAACCUUUUUGUACCUCAUUUGGAAUACUGGCUUAUUUCUGCCUCCUUCCCUCCCCCAGAGCUUCAGAAAGUGAUGUGUGGGCCCCUCUCCUCUGAGGAUUGUUGUACUAAGGCCAUCAGGUGAUGCUGAGACAGGUCCAGGGCAGAGCAAAGCCA